AUGGUUGUCUUGGCCGCACUUAAUGUCCUGUUCUUGUUCUCUGCCUGCUUUGCCGCAGAAUCCGAAAGCCAGGAAGGCUCUUGCCCGACUCAGACGGCAAACAACAACGUCAAUAACAUCACGGUGGCGGCUCCAGCCGGACCGAAGGGGGACGCCGGGCCGCCGGGACCGAGGGGCGACCGGGGAGAGAAGGGGGCGACGGGCCGACCCGGGAAGCUGGGACCGCGAGGGCCGGAGGGGCAGAAAGGAGGAAAAGGAGAUUCGGGACAAACGGUGACUCAAGGAGCUGAGGGGUCUGGUGGAGGAGCUGUGUACAUCCGAUGGGGACGAACAGCUUGUAACGAGAGUACGGACACGGUAACGGUGUACUCUGGUCUAGCCGGCGGGGCGUUGUGGAGUGAGAAGGGAGGAGGGAGCGACUACCAGUGCCUGCCUGCCGACCCGGAGUGGGGACGCUUUACAGACGGGGUGGAGGGGCUGAAGGCCUACAUGCACGGCGCGGAGUACCAGCUCAACACGGACGCGCCAUACGAUGAGGCGACGGUUGAUGACCGCGAGGUGCCGUGUGCGGCCUGUUACUGCCUCUCUCGCCGCGCGCAGCUGAUGAUCCCCGCCCGCAAGACGUGCCCGGAAGGAUGGACACGGGAGUACGGGGGCUACCUGAUGACGGGGUACCAUGACCAGGCCGGGCGUAACGAGUUCGUGUGUGUGGACGGGGAGCCCGAGGUGCUGUCGGGCGGGGAAGGGAACGACAACGGCGCGCUGUUCUACCCCGUGGAGGCCCGCUGCGGCUCGCUGCCGUGUCCGCCUUAUGUGGAGGGCAGGGAGCUCACGUGCGUCGUCUGCACUAUAUAAGGAUGGAGCAGAUCUAUUGUGGGUAUUUAACGUUCUUGUAAGGCCUACGUCACAGUUUCAUGUAUGUGUGUGGGAGAUAAAUUUACAAGUUCUCUACAUAUGUGUGAUUUUUUUCACUGCCGUGCCCGCCUUACGUGGAGGUCAGGGAGCUGACGUGCGUCGUCUGCACCAUGUAGGGAUGGAACUGAUCCAUCUUGGCUAAUAAUGUUAUUGUAAGGCCUACGUCCUAAUCUCGAAGCAUAUCCUACGGUAGCAUAAGAUAGUAUCAAAAGCUGGCAGAGGAGUGAAGCCGGCCUA